GUGAAUAUUAGUCAAGAUUUGAAAAACUUUUUGUGCUCUCACCCCCACUAAAGAAAGAAAACCUAUGCAUACUCGCCGGUAAAAAGUUGGAAGAAAAGACCAGCUAGUGUAACAAACGACGCCAUCAAUAUCAUAUUCAUCACUAACUAUUCCUUCCUUCCUUCAUUUCUUCCAUUGCCAAUUUCGCAACACCAACCUAAAAUCCAAGAAUCAAAGACACCCAAAAACACAGCAAAAUCAUGGUGAAAGUACGAAUGAACACGGCCGAUGUGGCCGCAGAAGUGAAAUGCCUUCGAAAUUUGAUCGGCAUGCGAUGCUCCAACGUCUACGACCUCUCUCCUAAGACUUAUAUGUUCAAGCUAAUGAAUAGUAGUGGAGUUACAGAAUCUGGGGAAAGUGAGAAGGUGUUGCUGUUGAUGGAAAGUGGUGUUAGGUUGCAUACAACCGCCUAUGUAAGAGACAAGAGUAAUACGCCAUCUGGGUUUACUCUAAAAUUGCGGAAGCAUAUUCGUACGAAAAGGCUUGAAGAUGUAAGGCAGCUCGGGUAUGAUAGGAUUGUUCUUUUCCAGUUUGGGUUGGGUCCUCAUGCACAUUAUGUCAUAUUGGAGCUCUAUGCUCAAGGAAACAUUAUACUUACUGAUUCUGAGUUUACUGUUUUAACUCUUCUUCGGUCUCAUAGAGAUGAUGAUAAAGGUUUUGCAAUUAUGUCCCGGCACCGUUACCCAAUCGAAUUUUGUCGAGUUUUUAAGCGUAGCACCAGCUCCAAGCUCAAGGAAGCUAUUGCAGCUUCAUACGAACAGGGAGAAGAUGAGGAAGUUGAAGCUAAAGAAGAUGGAAGCAAUGUUUUGGACACAUCAAAAACUAAGAAAAAUGCUAAAAAGGGUGGAAAAAUUCCCGAUGCGAACAAGACAGGAAAUGAUGGUACUCGUUCAAAAAAAUGCACAUUAAAGAUGGUCAUUGGGGAGGGCUUAGGUUAUGGUCCGCAGCUGUCUGAGCAUAUGAUAUUGGAUGCGGGUUUGACACCAAGCAUGAAAAUUUCAAAAGAUAACAAGCUGGAUGAGGGUAAAGUUGAAGUUUUGGGCCAAGCUGUGGGCCGGUUUGAGGAUUGGCUAGAGGAUGUUAUUCUUGGAAGUAAAGUUCCUGAAGGUUACAUUUUAAUGCAGACAAAGAAACCAGGAGGAAAGGACUCUGGUACCACAGUGCCAGACCAUUCCAGCAAGAUUUAUGAUGAAUAUUGUCCUAUCUUACUGUAUCAAUUCAAAUCAAGGGAUUUGUUGAAGUUUGAAACAUUUGAUGCAGCUUUAGACGAAUUCUACAGUAAGAUUGAGAGUCAGAGAGUUGAGCAGCAGCAAAAAGCAAAAGAAGGAUCUGCUAUGCAAAAGCUUGACAAAAUACGCAUGGAUCAGGAAAAUCGUGUAGUUACUUUGAGAAAAGAAGUUGAGUAUUCUGUCAAGAUGGCAGAACUGAUUGAAUAUAACUUGGAAGAUGUUGAUGCUGCUAUAUUGGCUGUACGUGUUGCUUUGGCAAAUGGUAUGAAUUGGGAGGAUCUUGCACGCAUGGUGAAGCAAGAAAAAAAAUCCGGAAAUCCAGUGGCUGGUCUAAUUGAUAAGCUCUAUUUGGAAAAGAACUGCAUGACACUGCUAUUGAGCAAUAAUCUUGAUGACAUGGAUGAUGAUGAAAAGACACUUCCAGCAGAUAAGGUAGAAGUUGAUUUAUCCCUCUCAGCGCAUGGUAAUGCUCGGCGGUGGUACGAAAUGAAGAAAAAACAAGAGAGUAAACAGGAAAAGACUAUUACAGCUCACGAGAAGGCUUUUAAAGCUGCUGAGAGAAAGACGCGUCUCCAGCUCUCACAGGAAAAAGCAGUCGCCACAAUCUCUCAUAUGCGUAAAGUCCAUUGGUUUGAGAAGUUUAAUUGGUUCAUCAGCAGUGAGAACUAUUUGGUUAUCAGUGGACGUGAUGCUCAACAAAAUGAGAUAAUUGUCAAGCGUUAUAUGUCAAAAGGGGAUCUGUAUGUGCACGCUGAGCUGCAUGGAGCUUCGAGUACUGUGAUAAAGAACCACAAGCCUGAGCAGCCAGUCCCCCCUUUGACAUUGAACCAAGCUGGAUGUUAUACUGUUUGCCUUAGUAAAGCAUGGGACUCAAAGAUUGUUACUAGUGCUUGGUGGGUCUACCCUCACCAAGUAAGUAAAUCGGCUCCAACAGGAGAAUAUCUUACAGUUGGAAGCUUCAUGAUACGUGGGAAGAAGAAUUUUCUUCCUCCUCAUCCUCUUAUAAUGGGGUUCGGUCUGUUAUUUCGUGUGGACGAGAGUUCCUUGGGAUUGCAUCUUAAUGAAAGACGAGUUAGAGGUGAAGAUGAGGCAUUAAAUGUUCCAGAAAAUGGGAACAUGGAAAUAUCUGAUUCUGAUUCAGAUAGUGAAGCCACAAAACAAACUAUUGAAAAAGAUAAUUGUAGUGUACUUGCAUCAACAGAAAAUAAUUCGGCACUGUUAGGAGGAUCUUUGGUCCAUGGUUCUGCUCAAGAUGACUAUAUUUCCUAUCCCAAAGCGAAAGACUUAGUAGGAACUGAAACUGAGAGUAACUUGGCUUCUAAAGUACAUGAUUCUGAAGGAAAGAACAGCACUUCUGCUUCAGUUGAACUGGAAGAUCUCAUUGAUAAAGCUCUUGAACUUGGAUCUGGAGCUGUUUCUGGUAGAAAAUUUGAACAGACAUCUAAACUCACUAAGUCUGAGGAAUGUAAAACUCAAGAAAAAGUCUCUGUUAAAGAUAAACCCCAUGUCUCCAAAGCUGAGAGAAAGAAACUGAAAAAAGGCCAGAAAGCUGGUGAUGGACAGCUUAUUGAUGAACAGGGAGAAGUAGAUGGCCAUUCUUCAACCAUCCAAUCUGACACAAAAACUUCAUCCAUGGGUGGUGGUAAAGUUGCUCGGGGUAAGAGGGGUAAGCUGAAAAAGAUGAAGGAAAAAUAUGCUGAUCAGGAUGAGGAAGAAAGGAGCAUUCGCAUGGCUUUACUUGCGUCGGCUGGAAAGAUACCAGAUGAUAAGAAUGAGAAUGAUGCCCAAGAUCACAACGUAGCAACAAGUACAAGAAGGGAACUUCAAAAUGGUCCAGAAGAUGCUGUGAAAAUAUGCUACAAGUGUAAGAAGCCAGGUCAUCUUUCUCGUGAAUGUCCAGAACAUCCUGAAGAAAGCUCACUUGAUCGUAGAAAUGGCAAGCUUGAGAAUCCUGAUGGAAAUUCCACUAUUGCUGCUUCUGAGAUGGAGCAGAUGGCAAUGGAGGAGGAUGAUAUACAUGAGAUAGGCGAGGAAGAAAAAGAAAAGCUUAAUGAUGUGGAUUACUUGACUGGUCUUCCACUACCCAAUGAUGUUCUUUUGUAUGCUGUGCCUGUUUGUGGUCCAUAUACUGCACUACAAAAUUACAAAUACCGUGUGAAGAUAGUUCCCGGCACGGCAAAGAAAGGAAAAGCUGCAAAAACUGCCAUGAAUUUGUUUAAUCACAUGCCUGAAGCGAGCAUCCGAGAAAAGGAACUCAUGAAAGCAUGUACUGAUCCUGAAUUGGUCGCGGCUAUGAUAGGAAACUCAAAGAUUACAGCUGCAGGCUUAACACAAUUGAAGCAGAAGCAAAAGAAAGGAAAGAAGGCUAGUAGCAAAGCUAGUAGCUAAUUUUGUUGAGGCUAUCUCCCAAAGGAACUUUGUUUUGUACAGGAAACUGCAAUUAAGUUUGUUCCCAUGACAAUACCUUACAAAUGCUAUAUAUGAUUAAUCAACUUUUAAAUUUUCCGAAUCA